AGGCAUAGCGAAGCCGCUGACUAACAGAAUUAUGUUCUUGACGCAUUAGAAUUCAUUAGAUAGUGAAUAAACUUAUACAGUCGUAGCUUCCAUUACUUAAUCUAUAUACUUGAAAAAGUAAUUUAUUAUUUUCACCUUUUUUCUGUAACUAGUAUUUUGAGAACGGCAACAUAAUAAUAUUUUAAUAAAAAUGUGUGUCUGUGUCCGCCUAUUUCCGCCGUGAAGCAGCAAUGCGUUUCGGUUCGAAGGGUGGGGUAGCCGUUGUAACUAUACUUGAGACCUUAGAACUUGUAUCUCGAGGUGGGUGGCGCAUUUACGUUGUAGAUGUCUAUGGGCUCCAGUGGUUACACUUAACACCAGGUGGGCUGUGAGCUCGUCCAUCCAUCUAAGCAAUAAAAAAAAAGAAAAUGGAUAAAUUAAAAUUUAACUGGUGGGUAGACCUUUUGUAAAUCUAUUCCGGCACUACUAUUCUGCCGAAUUAUACCGUAAAGCAGUCAUGUUUUUUGGAUCGCUGUGUAGGGUCGUCGUAAUGCUGUACAAUAGAGACUACAACUAAUGUCUCAAGAUAGGGUGUGUGCAUUCACGUGUAUGGGCUACGGUACCACCACUUAAUACCAGAUAAAUUAUGAGCUUGUCUAAACAUUAUAUAGCAAUAAAGUAUAUUUUAGUGUGAAACGAAAAUUAAUCACAAAUAAAACGGAACAAGCUAUAUGUGAAUGUGUCUAUAAAUUAUUUUAUAGGCACAGAGUGAAAUGAACUCUCACGCGUGAUAAUGUUCUCGUAUCAGUAUACUUUAAGCUAUCUCGAGACGAAGACAAUAAAAUGUCAAGUGAAAAUACAAAGGAAGAAAUCAACGAACAAGUACCAAUUAAUGAAAAAGAUAAUGUGAACAAUAAAGACGAAUUCGAGAAUCGGAGUUUCUUUGAUAAACUGUGCGAAAUCAAAUCUAACAUAACAGUGGAGCCAAUUUUCGCGGGAUUAAUUAUACCUUCGACUUUGGCCAGAUUGGCGAUACAAAAUUUGAAUUUAGACAAAGCAUGCCGCGUCAAAUCACAGUUCGGAGACGUUGUCUGCGACGCACUGAUCGAACGGAAAGGCAAUUACACAACUCAAGAAGCCGAGAUCCAGCAAAUAAUUUCACAUAUUGAAUCAUGGAGGACUAUUAUACAGACCGCCAUACCCACACUUCUGGUUAUCUUCAUGGGAGCUUGGAGCGACAGGACGGGCAACAGAAAAAUUUGCAUACUCCUCCCAAUCUUCGGUGAAUUUAUGGUCUGCGUGAGCAAUGUAUUGAGCACUUACUUCUUUUAUGAGAUUCCAGUCGAAACCACAAUGUUCCUAGAAGCGAUAUUCCCAGCCAUCACCGGAGGUUGGGUUUUAGUAUACUUAGGAGUAUUCAGCUACAUAAGUGAUAUUACAGAUGAGAAAUCGAGGACGUUUCGAGUGGGCUUAGUGAAUCUAUGCUUGACGGCCGGAAUUCCUAUUGGUACAGCUCUUAGUGGAAUUUUAUUGAAAUACUGGGGCUAUUAUGGCAUUUUCUUGUCAUCCGGCUCAUUGUAUUUCGCUACGUUUUUAUACGGCUAUUUCUAUUUAGAAAGUAACACGAAGCCUAAUGCUGGAAGCGAUGAGGAGCCUAAACCGGUAUCUUGUUUUGAUCUAGUAUCGCUAGUGAAAGAAACUGUUUCUGUCGCUUUCAAGAAACGUCAAGGGAAUUUUAGAUCAAAAAUAAUACUGACUUUGUUAGUAGUCGCCAUAAUAUAUGGACCCGAUCAUGGUGAAAGAAUAAUUACGUAUCUAUAUUUGAGAUACAAAUUAAAAUGGGAUGCAGUUAAAUACAGUUUAUAUUCAACCUACAGUAUCAUUACACAUUCUUUCGGGGCACUUAUCUCCAUCAGUAUCUUCAGCAAGCGUUGGGGAUUCCACGAUUCAGUGCUAUGUCUCAUCUCGAUCCUAAGCAAAUUAGCUGGCAGUAUUAGCAUGAUAUUCGUCCAAACCGACUUCCAAAUGUACACGAUUCCAAUUGUGGAGAUCUUGAAUGCAACCACGUAUACUUCACUGAGAUCGUUAGCUUCAAAACUUAUUCCUAGCGAAGAGAUGGGUAAAAUGAACUCUUUGUUCAGUCUGGUGGAGACAUUGGCAGCUCUGGUUUUCGACCCCACAUAUUCGACGAUAUACGCGCGUACUGUAUCAGUAUUCACUGGAGCCGUGUACCUUUAUAGCUCCCUCAUGAGUAUUCCAGCUAUAGCCAUUUUACUAUGGAUCUUCAUAAAACAUAGGCUGGAAUUACGAAAUCCCGAGAAAGAAAUUGAGCUGAAUAAUAGUUCCUAACAAUACCGUAUCUACUUAAACUACAUAUAUCAACAUUAUUAGACGACUAGUGCUAGAUACAAUAGGGAACAAUUUUUUGUUAAGGGAAACGAUUUCGAAGCUGAAACGACAAUAAUCAACCUCAAGUGCAAUAUUAAAUAUCUGAUUAUGUUAAGCUAGGCUUAAGUGCUAUUUCAUUUUAGCAACUUAAUUCACUCGAUAUUAUCUAUAGCAAAGACAGUAUGUUUUAAUCAACCUAUACGUGAGUCAGCCGCAUUUUUUUAUUGUUAAAAAUUGUUUACAUUGCAUAAUUUAUUAGCGACAUUUCUACUAAGACCAGUUUUAUUAUUUUAUCGUAUCGGAAAUAAGCCAUACUACUUUUUAUGAGUCACUCAAGUUGGCAAAUUUUAUUACAUUCACUAAUAGUUUUAAACAUAGCUCUAAUAAAUAUGUUUUUGUUA